UGACCAUAAUGUUCCCUGGCUACUUGUCGAGCUCUGAUCUUUAUCUGUAUGAUUACGACUCAUUCUCAAUACAGAACAUUGCUGCUGCUCGGAUAAUCAAACGGUUAGGACUGAUAAACUGAUUAAGUUGCUUGUAAUCACACCACAGAAGAUGCAAGUAAAGUUUAAAUGUCAAGUGAGUAUCUUCUGAUAGACACUUCCCAGAAAGCUAUUACAGCAACUCCUAGUCAAAAGGCAAGUAAAAUUAUUGCUACUUUAUGUAUCUCAGGGUUCCUUUUCUUAUAUAAACCUCAUCACCUCCAUUUUCUUAACAUCAUAGGCAUUUCCCUCUCAUCUUUCCGUUCACCAGCCGAUGUCUGGGAACCACGAAAUCUCUCCACAACAUUGCGCUAAGAAAGGUUUGAGCAUCCACAAGCGCUACAAGAAGCUACUAUACGCUCUAUUUACCUCUAUCUUUUCAAUUUUAUCCAUCAUCUUCAUUAUAUAUUUUCUCCUACAUCCCUCCAAGCCCGAGUUCUCCCUCAAAGAAGUCGAUAUCUACCAACUCAACCUUUUUACACAUCCUCAGCUUGUCAACUCCUCUAUUCAGUUCACCUUGCUUUCUAACAAUCCUAACCAGAAAGUUGGCAUUUACUACGACAAACUAGUGGUUUAUGCGUCUUACAAGAAACAGCAAAUUACGGAUUAUACAUCACUUGAACCAUUCUACCAAGAUCACGAUGAGAGUAACCUCUUGACAGCUUCCGUCACAGGAAAUGGAGUGCCUGUGACUACCUCAUUCGGUCAUGAAGUGCUACGUGACACAACCGCUGGGAAGGUUGUCCUGAAUAUUAAGGUAAAUGGCUGGCUGCGAUGGAAGGUGCGUAGUUGGGUUUCAGGAAAGUACAGAUUAAAUGUUAACUGUGUUGCUAUUAUGCCUUUGGGACCUUCCAUUCCAUCAGGCCCUCUCAGUUCAAGGCAAGGGACUCAGUGUUCUACUACAAUGUGAUGGUUUUCUAUCCAGAAUCUCUAAUUCAUAUAUUUUGCCUCCUAGUAAAAAACUGAAAGUUGCCAUAUGAUACGCAUCUAACCAUCCACAUAUUCUACUUCUGAAGGGGACUUACCCAGUAUGUUUGGUUUGAUUUGGUCCAUCGGGUACAUUAUAAGUACCACAUUUUACGGUGUAAUAUCGAGUGGUAAGAUAUUGAAGAUGACUUUGAGUUUUA